AGUAGAGGAUUUGACAGCUGAUUGUUUACCUUUUUGCUCUUGACAAUUUAUUAAAUUUCCUCUUUGACUGAAAUUAUCAUUAUCAAAAAUUAUGUGUGGAGGUUUUACGUGCUCCAAAAACGCCCUAAUAGCCCUAAAUGUGCUCUAUAUUGUGGUCGCCUUUAUAUUGAUAGGGGUAGCAGUUUAUGGAAGGGCAGCAUCUUUGGUCACUAAUUUGCCCAUUGUGGGGGGCAUUUUGGCAUGCGGCGUUAUACUGAUACUGAUUUCGGUGCUGGGGCUCAUGGGCGCAGUCAAGCAUCAUCAGGUCAUGCUCUUUUUCUACAUGUUAAUAUUAUUUUUACUAUUCCUCAUCCAAUUUUCCGUCGCGUGCGCCUGUCUAGGAGUAAACGAAUCUCAACAAGAACAAUUAGCCGAACAAGGAUGGAACCGAGUGGAUAAUUCCACCAAAUCCAACGUCCAAAACACCUUUACUUGCUGCGGAUUUGACACAGAUGUGGACUUAAACGUUUUUCAUCCCACUUGCGAACAUGUCAUGAUGAGAUGUUGCACUGAUAGUGCCGGAUUGAAUUGUGUAUGCCCUGGUUGCCUGGACAAAUUGCAAAGUACGAUAAACUAUGCAUUUAAGCUUUGCGGUUGGAUUGGAUUGUUUUUUAGUUUUACAGAGAUAGCGGGAGUGCUAUUGACGAAACGGUAUCGUAACCAAACAGAUCCUGUAGAUCAACUAAAAGCUAUAGCUAUUUUUCCUAGUCACAAAACCUUCACAUAUUAAUUUUUUCUAGUCACAUAAAUCAAGCAAAUAAAAUUCAUAAUAAUAGGCGUUUGCUUGAUUUUCUAUAUAUAUUUUUUUAAAUUUGAUCAGUGGACAUUUCCAUGAUCGAUGCCAUUUUACCAAAGGAUUGUAUACAGUUUUUUAGUGUAAUUUUAUUUGAACUGAACAUUAUUUUAUAUUUAUUUAAUUAUACUUUUUAUAGUUACUAUAGACUUUACUUGACAUUUUAGUGCAAUAACUUGAAACAAACCCCCUUACAGAACAAAUUAUAUUUAAAUUAAUUUGGCAGCUAUUAGACGCCUGUUUCUGCAGAAAUCACAAACCAGUCAUUGGUUGAAAACGGUCAAAAAACUAGUUUCAACCAAUGAAAUUCACUCUGACUGGUUUGUGAUUUCUGCAUAAACAGACCUAUUAAAAUGAAAAGUGUAUUUUUGUUUUUUUUAUCCCAUUCUGCUAUAUAAAUGUAAACUUUUUGCUGUGAAUAAAAAAAUAGAUGUUAGUGGUACCUAUAUGUAAAAAAAAUAUAGCAUUUAGACAAAAAUUCCAUGCAUGUAAAAGACAUAAUAAAUAGUUUUCCACCUAAAAAUAUGUGAAAAUAUAAUAUACGAUCUCCUUUAUUUGCUCAUCUAUUUACUUUAUAUUAACUGUAAAUGUGUAAUUUAGAUUGUAUUUAUGUAUACUAUUACAUCCCUUCAUAAACUAUGUCAGUUAAUGAAGGGAAACCCUAUAUUGUGGAAUUAUUUAAGUAUAAAUAAAUAAAUGUCUUAA